AUGGACCAAGGGCGCAAAGAAUUUCUCGAUUUGAAGCAAGGCCGCAUGAAGGUUACCGAAUAUGAAAGAGAGUUCGUUCGACUCAGUAAGUACGCCCAGGAGUGUGUAUCCUCUGAGGCUAAGAUGUGUAGAAGGUUCGAAGACGAACUCAAUGAGAACAUUAGACUGUCAGUGGGUGUCCUUGAGUUGAAAGAGUUCAUGGUACUUGUUGAUCGGGCCUAUAAAUUCGAGGAAUUAAUCAAGGAAAAGAAGAAAAUCGAAGCUGAAACUAGAGAUGCAAGGAAGAGGCAUGCGAGCAAGUCAUUUCCAUCUCAGUCUAAGAAAUCCAGAGACGUCUACUCUGGUUCCCACACAUCUGCAGGACAUUUACACCGAAACUGUAAGAAGCAAGAUUUGGAUUUUAAUUCUCGGGCGACAUCCGUAAUGAGUGUGGGCAAUGUUAGACCUUCUAAACCAGAAUGCCAACAUUGUGGUCAAAACCAUUUCGGCAAGUGUAGGAUGAAAGAUGGAUCCUGUUUCCGAUGUGGUUCUCAAGAUCACUUUAUUAAAAAUUAUCCCGAGAUGACUGACAAAGAGAAAUUUCAAGGUACAAGGCCAAGCGGCACAAAUUCUAAAGGAAGGCCUCAGAAGAAUGUGGGAGCUAGGGCUGGUAGUAAGAAUGUGAUGAGAGACACCACCGUAAGGUCUGAAGCUAGGGCUCCGGCUAGAACCUAUGCCAUAUGUGUACGUGAAGAUGUAUCUUCUCUUGAUGUGAUCACCGGUGAAUUGGGAAACUUGCCUAUUGUAAUAUCUGCAAUGUCUGACCAGAAAUGUUUGAGGAAAGGAUAUGAAGCUUAUUUGGCUUUUGUAAUGAAUACAAAGGAAUCAGAAUUAAAGGUUGAGUCAGUGCCAGUUGUAAGUGAGUAUGUGAAUGUAUUCCAAGAAGAAUUGCCUGGGUUACCCCUUGAUAGAGAGGUUGAAGUUGGUAUAGAGCUAAUACCAGGGACCACGCCUAUUUCGAUUGCUCCGUAUCAAAUGGCUCCAACUGAGCUGAAAAAACUAAAGUCAUAG